GACAGUGUCUUUAUUAGCACUAUUUAUUUCAUUUUAACAUUUAAGGCUGAGACAUAAUUUAAUUUACUAUCAUGGGUACAUAAUUAAUGUUGUACCCGAAGUGGGUGCUUUAGUUUUAUUGGUCAAAGUUUGUGUAUGUAACUAUACUACUAGUGCUGGGGAUGAGAUGCGAACUGGUGCUGUUGGGUUGAAGAAGAAAAUAUAUAUAUUAAAACCCGUUUUAGUGUAUCCGCUAGCUAGAACAGUGUUGUUUUCAAGAUAAUUAAUAUAAUAGCAACAAGAAAGUGUUUUAGAUCUAAAAGGAGGGCGGCAGUAAAUAAGGAAGCCGGUGAAAAUGGCCGGCGACUGCGUAUACAACAAACACUGUACUAAAGAGGCGACUUCUUUUAGUAAGAAACAUUUGUUGGACUGCAAGCAGGAAGCUGGAGGAGAUGUUUCUAUCGAUUCCGUGGGGGAAAAGGCGCUCUCCUCCCCUUUCUAUGAGGUUAUAGACGGAGUACUGUAUCGCAAAAAGUUGGAGAAAGGCUACAUCAAUUACAGAGAGGUGCUGGAUGCAGAUAGGAGACUCGGUGCUAUUGCUACUUUUCAUCAGAAGAGAAAUGGAGCGCUGCACCUCGCCUUGGAGGACACCUACAGAUUUGUGGCGGAAAACUACUGGUGGGAAGGAAUGUUUUUUCACAUUCGGGAUUAUGUCCUAGGAUGUAAGGAAUGCACAGGAAGGAGGGUGGGGAUGCAUGUGUAUGAAGAAACUAUUACCAAAACAUUAGUUUCCCACGGGACUGACAUUCUUAAAAAGUUGAACAGUCAGCGUGAUGAAGGUCUAUUCUGCGACAUAACCCUGAUUGUGGAUGGAGCCACAUACUCUGCACAUAAGGCCGUGCUUGCAGCUGUCAGUGAAUACUUCAAGGAAAUGUUUACAGAAAUGGAUUCCACAUCCAAUCAUAAGUCUGCAGUUGAUCUAACUGGUUUCAGCCCAGACAGUUUUCUGCCUUUGCUGGAGUUUUCAUAUACCUCCACUCUGUCUUUGAAGCUGGAGAACCUUACAGAGAUCUGUGCUAUGGCCAGGCACUUCAGGAUGUGGUCGGUGGUUGAAUUGUGCAAAGGCAUUCAGAAAGAGCAAAUGGACAAUAAGGACUAUCCAGGGAUACAGCGCUUGGGGGGCAAACACUUCAUCUACACUCCAACUCCUACCUCUGUGGAAAUCUCUGGCAUUAAGUCUAUAGUUAAGAGCCAGCAAGACAGUCCACCUUCUUUCGGAAAAGACGAGAAAUACAAUAAUGAAACUCCAAAUAGUCCGGAUUAUAUUGAGAAUUCCAGAUGCCGCUUUAUGGAAUCAAACGUUAAGGAUUCUGCAAAGAGCAAAGCACACGUUUUGGAGAAUAGCUUUAAGUGCACAUUGGGAGCAUCGGAAGAACUGAGUACAGGCAAGUUGCCCAGGCAUUACUCAGCACUGCAGAAGGCAGGAUUACUGGAUAAGCAAACCUUCAGCACUCCUAUGAAACGGCUGAAGUUGUUGGAUUUCAAGUCUUCAUCUAAAAAAAGAAAGUCUUCUCCCAAGAACCUUUCUUGUACAAAAAUAUCUCCUAGCCAUCACAAUCCAAACUGGGCCAUGGUUUCUCCAAAGCAGGACAAAAAGGAGAUUUCUUUACAGGGCAUCACAACCGCUCCUAUCCAAGCAAACUACAAGAAGCAGUUACGUUUUUCUCUUCCAGAUGAGCGCACCCAGGAAAGGUUGGAAAUCUGUGCAGAAACAUUCAAAUCUCCAGUUAAGACAGAGCCUGUGGAAGAUGAGGUGCAGUCUCCCAAUACAGCAGAAAAAUACAAGCUGCUGCAUGUGUUGGGUCUGCAGCGCAAAUCCUUGAUUGUCUGUGGGGAGGAGUUGACAGGGUGGAGGCAAAAGAAGCGUCUCAGGAAGCUUAAAGCCUGCAGCUAUUCCCUGACCACUAGAAGGAAAAGGAGCAUGGGUAACCUUAACUCAGGAGCACACCGUGAUGACAAACAAAGCCUUCCUGAGGGGAAGAUUAACCUGGGAAUAAUUAAAGAUGAAAAGACAGAAUCUGAAAUAAGCCCCGUGCACAGGCAUAAGGUUACGUUAAGAAGGCGAGGCUAUGGUUGGACAAGAAGCAAAGUUGCGUCGGUUAAAUUGAGGGUAGCUGCUGAACAUAAAGCCCUGCAAGUCAUUCCCAAUGCAACGGAGAAAACUACAGUAGGAUGCAAUAGAGGCAGGAAACUAGAAAGUAGACAGCUUCCAAGCGUUCGACCUGGAAAAGUUCAGAUUAGCAAGCACAUUAAAAAAGAAAUGCAGGCUAAGCAGAGUGUCUUUACGGGUAACCACGUCAGAGGUAGACGCUUAGGUCUUGUACAUACAAACAAGCCAUUAUUUUUAUCUGCUCAGGUAAACAGUCCAAUCGCCGAGGAGUGUUCUGUGGCGGAUCUUUCCAGGGGAAGCACAAAUAAAAACAUUAGGUUAUUGAGGAGCAUCAGGCAGACAGAAAAGAGUAAUAAUAAGUAUGUGUGUGUUGGGAAGAAAGCUGCCCUGGUAGGGGCGAGACGGAAGUUGGAUAGUCACCCUCUUCAGAAAGGAAGCGCUCCAUCAGAGAGUCCUUUUUUCUCCAAAAAAGAAGUGGGAAAAGCUGUGAAGCAAACCAAAUCUGGGAAUGCAGAUGCCAGGAACCAAAGAUUUAGAUCAAGCACUUGUAAAGUUCAGCUUUCUUCAGGGCUGGGUAAACGAAAGACAAAACCCAGUCAAAAACUUUUGGAUGCUGGGUUUUUGUUUAACUUGCACAGGCUGGAAAGCACAAAAGAGGUGGCUGGCAGCAGCAGUGUAAAGAGGGACAGUAAAAAACAUGAACUCUGUCUAACAGCAACCUCUGUCUCGAAACUAAGUUCCAAAAAGAUAAGGGGCAGUGGGCCUCAGACUUCAGAAAUUCUGGGUAGAACUCGUGGGGCGAUUAAAAAUGCGGAGGCAGUGCUGGUACUUGGGAGGAAGCUGCUGAAGGUCAAAGGUAACAGGCCUUUAGUUAAGAGAAGUGAGUCCUGUUGGUCUGCUGAAGGUAGAGGUGGAAAGUGUGACAUUAGCCGUACUGCUUCAAGAAAGAUGGCUAAUGUACAAUUACUGGCUGACCUUGGAUCUACAUUUGACUGCACGGAUGGACUACCAAAGGUCGUAGACAUGAAGACCAAACUGCCCAGGUUUGCUGAAGUGAUUAAAAGAACUCGUGUAAAACGGCUAAAAGCUCGAGUUUCAACAAACAGCAGCUGUAGCAGCAUAGCGGUGUCUUCACAUACCUGCUCUGAAUGCAGAGAUUCUUUCAAAAACUGUGACUCUCUUAUCAUGCACAAAAUAAGACACAUAGAAGGAAAACACUGGCCUUGUCCGUUGUGUAAAAAAACUUUCUUCAGGCAGAAAAAUGUGCAGAACCAUGUUCGUACUCACAAUCAGAUGCUCUACAGAUGCAAACUUUGUAUGAAAUAGCAGAGAGAAAGAGGGCUGACUCAAGGGCUAGGAGGAGAAAAGCAUUUAAACGUCUGGUCAGCACAGAACAUCGCAUUUCUAAAGUUGAGAUGUUUUGUUUAAGAAGACUAUGACUUGUAAACAACUAUAUUGCUAUACACCAGUGUUGUGGAAAUCCCAGUGUUUGUGUAAUUACCUGAACUAAAUAAGCCAAAACUUCAAACAUCAACCCUGGGAAGACGGGCUCUCUCGAAGUAAACAUUUGCAGAAAUGUAAACCAAAUUAUUUAUAACAUUGUAAUGAAUCUGUUUAUUAAUAAAUGUUAAAUUGCUCUUAAUGAUUUUAAACAUAAAAUACAUAAAUUUUAUAGAUGCUGAAAUUGAAGAAUGCUGGGUAUACUUGAAGGGACUGAUGUUCUUACAACUCUAGUUUGUGUCUUUUUGUAUAAUGGUCAGAAUUGUAAUAUUGCUGCAAGUUUUUUUUGACUGCAGUGUUCUGUCAUGUCUGCCUAGUGUCUAUUUAAAAGAGAGACUGUUUAAGUGUGGACGAGGCUCUUAUCAGCAUCACAAUGCUAUCACUGAUCACCCUUUUACUUCUGUUGAAUAUGUUUUGGUUCUUUGCUUGUAUUUUAUACUUUUAGUUUGGAAUAUAUAGAUAUUUCAAAGACCCCGCUGCAGAAAAAGUAGUUGCUACUGUUAUGAGAUUUAAUUAGCAUAUUCUGAAUAAAUGUAAAUAAUUUUAUGAGAUUUAAUUAGCAUAUUCAGAAAGUGAAGAGACAAAAUAUUUUCAGCACAGUAAUAUUGUUAAUUACGCUAUUGAAAGCAAAACCAUAGUUUUUUUUGUUUGUUUUUUAAACAUUUAUUAGCACUCCUUUUAAAAUGUGAUUUUGAAUAAAUGUAAUUAUUGUGACAGGAGAACUACAGUGUUUUUUUUGUUUUUUUUUAAGAAUGUGGCCAUAGGCCUUAUAUUUAAUAUCUUGUCAAUAUUAAAAUGUUCGUAACAUUUAUGGAGAGUUACAUUUUGAAGUGUGUGUGUGUGUAUGUGUAUAUAUAUAUAUAUAUUGUACCCGCACUGUAUAAAUGCAUUUCCAAUUUUAAAAUAUUCUGUUGGUUUGUUUUACAUGAGUCAAAAGUUGCAUUCUGUUACAAGUUAAAUAUAAUACAGUUUGAUCUUUUUAGUUUUAGCAAAAUAUUAUAUUUUUAAAAAUUGUCCAUUGGCUGUCCCCAGUUCACCUGUACGCUUUAAUCAAACCCAAUGAAACCGAAGACACGAGUAUAAUAUAGUGGCUCCUGUUACAGAAAAAAAAAAAAUUGUUAUUAAAUGAAAUUUUAAUUGCAGUUGGAUUUGUCUAAAAAAAAAAAAAAUACUUACACCAUUGUGCUUAUUUAUUAAAUUGUUUUACCCCUUUCAAAAUGUUGCUGUUUUUUUUUUCUUACAACGUUUCUUGAAUUGAAAAGAUAAUGGGAGUAAGUGUGGGAUAUGAAUCUUAUUUUUAUUAUGGAAAAACAAACCUGAUUCACCAGGAAAUUAGACACAAACUAGGUUAGGAAAUCAGUUGCUCUCAUUGUCUUCAUCGGUUGUGGGUGGUGACUCCUUAUCAGAAUCUUAUCAUCUUUGCAGGGUACAGUCGAGACUACAAAAUGGCACUGGAACAUCUGAAUGUCAGGAAGAGGAAAACUUGAAUACCUAGAACAUUCUGUAACAGCAGGCAGACUACAAAAUCGAUGUAAUACACUUUUGUAUUCACAGUAAUACUUUGUUGGCUGCUAAUAUUACCUUUUGUAGUGUACUGAUAUUUAAAAAAACUUUACUUUAAAAUUCUAAAAUGUCGAUUGCAUACUUGUCAUGUUAUUUAGCAAAUAAAGUAAAUGGCUCAUUAUUUUGAAAUGAUUGGAAUGAAAUGAAUCCACUGGUUGAUCUCUCUUAACCAUCAUGAUGCAUGACAUUUCCCAGCCAUUUUAAAAAUGGUAUUUCAAGCAGGGCCAAGACACUGACAUAGUUACUAAAUAUAUCUGAGAAUGAGCCCUUCAAAGCAGCCCUGCUGAAUCAAACUUUGUGUUAUCUUUAAAGUUUUGUGGUACUGUAAUUUAUGUUUGAAAUAAGAGACCAUUUCCAUUCAAAACAAAUUGCCAGCAGUCACCGUCCAGAAGCAGCAUGUUUAGAAAGCUACAUAAAAAGCAUUUACCUUGGCAUGUUCAGGAGAUGAUGUCAAGGGGCAUGAUUCCUUCUUUCUUUUUUCUUGCACUGGGUUCUUCCAAGUGCAACAUCCAUAAUGCACUGUGCUCCACCAAGAAUCUGAAACAGACAUUCUGUUUACAAGUUAUAUAACUUGUGUUCAACACUAUUGGAGCCAGACCCCUAUUUAUAAAUGUAUCUUCAUCUAUGGAAUACUUUCUGAUCAUCUUAUUAAGUUUCCUGUAAGGUCCAGCUUUUAGUAUAGGCAAUAAUUGUUAUUCUGUGACUUAACACUGAAUUGCAGUGUAAAGUAUAGUGUCUGCCACUGGUAUGACAUUUUUCUUGCUGCAUUCCAAGAUGGCAGUGACCUUUGACAGGCUUUCUUAAGGUUAGCUGCCGUCUGGGAUUGUACACCCUCGUUUACAAGAAGGAACCUUGUGUUCUCAACGUGCCUCAAAAAAACAACACAAAAUGUAGGCAUAAACACAAAUGUCUGUAACUUUCUUAGAAAUGGAUCUCCUGUUAUUAGAUUUUUUUUUACUGUAUCAGGAGUACUGUCAUUAUAGUAGACUAAAAUAGCAGCAGCAUUGGAUGGGUGCCAUGUUGAAUUAAUUUGCAAUUGCUUAUAAUAUCGCCAGCAAUGUUGGAAAUAAAAGUGUUUCCCUGUUACAUUUAAAGUGUAUAAUGUACUACUAGA